UGUAACAGCGCCCUCAAGUGGCCGAUAGAAAAUUAACAUGGCGGCGUCCACAAUCGUAUAAAUUUCUGAUUGUAAUUUCGGUUUUAAGCCGUCAUUUUGCAUUGAUUUUCAACAUUAUACUUUUAUAUAGGGUAGAUUCCAACAGUGAACAUCCGGUAUUCAACAUCUCAGCACAGGCCUCACCAACUUUGAUUCAACUACCAUGAAUGAUGUACAUCUAGUGUUGUUGGUAAACAAGAUUCAUCACAUAGACUUUACUAACUGAAAAGAUUAGAAUGUUAGUCAGGAGAGCGAAAGUGUUGUAGCCAUGAAAGAGAAGUUAUACCUUCCGUUGGAGGGGAAGUACCCAACACGCCAGACUCAGACAAUUUUAUUCUUGUGCCAGUACUGUGGUUACGACUCAUUUGAUGUCAGUCUAGUUCAGACAGCAGCUGAGGGAAAGUUGAAUCACAAAGAAGAGCACACCGAUUUGCACAAAGUCGCAUCUGCUCCAAAAAGUACAUGUCAAUCUCAGGGAUUGUGCCUGUUCCAAAGUUGUGGCACAGACACCUCAGUAGGUCAGUUUGCUGAUGAUGGACCAACUGACAGCAACACUGUUGAAGUGCCUUCUGUUGGACGAGCCAACGUUGUUGACGGGCCUUCUUCCGGAUGUGCAGGUCAAGACUCUGAAUCUGCACUAAGAUUUGAUCAACCAAAAGCAAACACCAGUUGUGCAGGAUUUUCAGAGUGGCUACCUCAAGACUUUUGUUGCACUUUGAAGAAUUUCCAGGAUAUUGAUUGGCUCGCACAACAGUGCCAGCUACCAGCUGUCAUUGGGUCAGGAGGCCUAACCAGUUACUCUGGCCUGUGUGCCGUUUUGAGGAGGAUUGUCAAGAAGGCACAUGAAAAACACCCAGCAAAGGAACUUGAAGCUCUUUUGGGAUUUAAUCAAGCGUGUUUGAAGAAAUGCUCGGAGGUCAGCCCCUGGACCAAACUGUGUGAAGUCGACAUCUACCAAGAUCUAACGGUGAAUGGUUCCAUCCCGGCAGCAAUCCUGGAGCUUGAGAAACAACUGGCAAGCCCUGUGGUCAUCUCCAGUAAGCUCCUAAGGAAGAUGAAAGUGAAACAAACUAGAGAUUGUCAGCAAAACCAAAAAGUGGAGCAAGGAAAGAUCUUGGAGUCUGAAUCAGUUUUCCACACUAGUACCAUGCAUCUGCUGGACAAGAAUCAAAUCAGGAUUGCUAAGUGCUUGUACAAGGACCAACUUAACUCAAAUUUGAACUCUUUUUCAAACGAUCGAGCUGAAGAAGUCAAGCAAUCUGAUUGUGUUACUCUUCAUAAGGAUGGAUUAGUAAAAGCACAAGAUGCAAGGAACAAGGUUCCCCUGAACAAAACUAAAACAACUUACCAAGCCAAAUCCGCAGCCUCCAAAAGAUCCACAACUUCACCAUGUGAGGAGAAAUCUAACACUAUGGGGGAAUCUGUUGCACAUCCCCAGCACCUCUUUGCAGAAGGUCCCUACGUCACCCUUUGUGAUUUUGCACUCUUCUACAGUAUGCACUCCUUCCAUCAGAACUGUGUAGAAAAAGGCAAGAGUCCUAUCCUCUUUUGGGAUAUUCCAUUUGUAUGUAGGUGGUACCAAAGGAUGUGGAGCGUGCCUAAUCUGAGGGUCUGUGCUGAGCGUUGUGGGUUGAAUGAGGUCGUGAUUCCUGAAGAGGUCAUUCAGAGCGGCUGUUCAGCAAAGGUCAAAACUGAGGUCAAGGAUGAGGUCAAAUCUGGGAACACUACUGACAAGACAACCGAAGGCAACACAAAAUCACUUCAAAUCAGUCAACUGCCGAGUGUGAGAGAUCGUGUUGCAGAAAUCAUUAGCAAGUUGGAAGGUUGCGGCAUACAGAUCACUGUGGAUGACUUGCCUGUUGAGAACGUACAGCUUCCAUGGGACACUUUUCCAGAAAGUGUCAAUCCUUCUAAAGAUGUUUCUGAGGAGAGAGCAAGGCACAAGAGGCAGCAGAUAGAAAGCAUUGUAGCGCCAGUCAAGAUGAUAGCCAAGCCGGGAGAUGUCAUUGUGGACUUCUGCAGUGGUGGGGGCCACGUGGGCAUAGUGCUUGCCCAUUGUCUACCAGACUGUCACAUCAUCAUGGUGGAGAGCAAUGAGGAAUCAAUGAAACGUGCGGAGGCCAGAAUACAGGGUACCAGACUGAACAACAUUUCCUUCUGCCAGUGUAACUUGAAUUACUUCACUGGAACGUUUGACAUUGGGGUCUCCCUUCAUGCUUGUGGUGUGGCAACAGACCUGGUCCUUGGAAAAUGUCUGACGAGCCGAGCAUCGUUCGUCUGCUCUCCUUGUUGCUAUGGAUCGGCGCGAGACUCGCAUCUCAUCAAGUAUCCGAGGAGCAAGCAAUUUCUCGAGUCUCCUGUGACCUAUGAGGAUUAUCAGUUAGCUGGCCAUGUCGCUGAGCAGACGUCAAGAAAUUUUGAAAGUAAAAUGGCAAAGCAGGCUAAAGUCUGCAUGUCGAUCCUGGACACGGAUCGUGCUGAGGCAGCUCGUGAGCUGGACUACCAGGUGGGAUUGUACUCACUACGUCCAGCCAGCUGCUCCCCCAAGAACAACCUGCUGAUAGGUACACCCUCCGUUGGUUCAAACAGGUUUCUGUUAUAGACUAGGACCCCGUCUGAAAUUACAAGGCUAUGGCUAUGGGAAGGAGCUGCAGCGGCUGCCUUGGGCAUGUGUGGGAAAGAAUGUUGUAUCCAGACGCCAUUUUCAGCGGCUGUGUACAAAGUCUACGGAGAGUCAAGAACAUUUUCAUUGUAAAAAGGUAAAGAUCCCAUAGCCAUUACUGGCCGUAGGGGCAGUGGGAUGUUAGAGGUCCACUGUGUCUUGGGCGCGGCAUA